AUGAAAUCCACAAAUCAUGACUAUCUUCUCAAAUAUAAUGGGUACCUGAUUGUCAAGAAAACAUUUCUAUAUCAGUACGAACCCACUUCAGUCACAGUCCACAAUCGCACCUAUCUAGUAGUUAACAACCCUUCUUUCAAAAUGAAAACGUACCUUAUUUUCCUUCUGUGUUACCACACCUUCUUGCACAGCCAUGCGCUCGAAGUGUACGUUCACAUGAUGCCCUGGUUCGAAACCAAGGAAACCAACGAUGGUACCUGGGGCCAGCACUGGACCAUGGCUAACUGCAACCCCGACAAUAUCAUCGAUGGUAAACAAGACAUUGCCUCGUUUUACCAUCCAAAAAUCGGGCCGUAUGCCUCUGGAGACCCAGACGUAAUCGACUGGCAACUUGGAGUUAUGAAAACAGCGGGAAUUGCUGGAGUUUUCAUCGACUGGCCUGGUACCACCGAAGCCUACGAUUAUCCCAAAAACAAGGAAAACUGUGAAGCCAUCAUCGCAGGUACGGAAAGAGCAGGUCUUAAAUUUGCCAUAGUGUACGAGGACAACAAUCUAAGACUGGCAAAUGUUCCGGAUCAAACGGGUCAAGCUAUAGCUGAUAUGGAGUACGUGCAAAGCAACUAUUUUCCGAAGGAAAAUUACGUGAGAGUCAAUGAUGUUCCGCUUCUUAUGGAUUUCGGGCCACAAGUUGUGCUCUGGGAACAAUGGGACGAUGUUUUGGCUCCUUUGGACCCUAAACCUACCUUUUUGACUCUUUGGAACCAACACCAACAAGGUGGUAGUUACUGUGAGGGAGAGUUUGCCUGGGUUUGGGUCGAUUUCAUGCAAGGGUUGGAGCGAUGGUAUACUACUCAAGACGUUCCUGUUAAAAUAGGGGUGGCGUAUCCCGGAUUCCAGCCCUUCUACACAAAUGGUGGCUGGCCAGGUCCUGGAUAUUACAUUGAUUAUGGGGUUGAUACGUUCAGACAGACUUGGGAAAUGGCCCUUCAGUACACAGAUAUAAUACAGAUUUGUACCUGGAAUGAUUAUGGGGAAGGUACUAUUGUUGAACCCACUGAUGAGUACGAUACGACUUUUGUUGACAUCAUUGCUGAAGCUACUGGAAGCAAAUAUACGCAUGACGACAUUGAUGAACUUACUGAAAUUUAUUUCAAGAGGAAGCAAUAUGUUAAUAAUGGGACUAUGUUGGAAUUACUAAAGAAUCAAUACGAUGCUCUUAUGCAUAAAUAUGACUAA